GCUACGUGCGACCUGCCUGUACCACACCUUGGAGUCCUUUGGGUUCCAUUUCGCAGUGUCGAGCCUGGCGACGGCCAGCUUUACGAGCGAACAGGCGGACAAGCUUUACCUCAAGUCCUACGAUACCGACAACGUCCAGGUCUUUAUCAGUCAUUGCUGGCGUGAUAAGCGUUUUCCCAAGCUUGUCGCUCUGUGGAUUCGCUUUAACUUGUAUCCGGCCCUGUUGUGCUCCAGCAUCGUUGGUGCCAUCGUCUUUGUUGCCUCACUGUCAAAACAGCGAGUGGAAGAAGACGAGCUGAUGACGCCGACAGUCCUGUUGGCAGGUGUGGGCUCUUUCUUCCUGUCCCUCGCAUUCUGGCAUCACGUUCCCUUUCGUUUGGGCUGCCGCAAGAGCCAGAGGAGCCUGUUUUUUGACAAGCUGUGUGUCUACCAAUAUGAGUCCGACUUGCGCCAGCAGGGUAUCGAUUCCUUCGCCGCCUAUAUCGCCAAGUGCGACGAGAUCCUGGUUCUUUGGAGCCCAGAGUAUUUCACAAGGCUCUGGUGCACCCUCGAGAUGGCUGCCCUGGUGAAGACCCACGCAGACUCGGGCAAACUCCCCUUGUACUUCAUGCCCUUAGGCUUGGCCAAGGCCGCCUUUCUCUCCUGGAUCUCGCUGGCUUUGUUGUGCGUGGCGCGCGAGCUGCAGCUCCUGCUGGAUACCUUCUAUUGGAUGGCAGACUUUGUGGUCCUGACACCUUUACUCAUCCUCAAUGCACUGAUCUUCGGACUGGCCAUCGACAGGUAUGCGCAGGCACGCCGGAGCUUGACAAAACAGCUCGAGACUUUCGACGUCCGCGAAUCCAGGUGCGCUUUUGAGUCAGAUCGGGAGACCGUCUAUCACACCAUCCGCGAAUGGUUUACCGACUUGGAUGGAUUUAACAAUAAUGUCCGGCUACAUGUCCGCGAUCAUGUUGCCAGCUCCCUGGGAUGGGAGUUCCAUUUCCCCAAGAGGCUUACAUUUCCCCCGAUGUUGUUCAGCAUCUUCACUCAACUGGAUAGAAUUGCCGCUGGUGACUUCGAACAUCAGACAAUGUUCAAGAUCUUUGCCUUCAUCGCUGACAUCGCACGGCUAGGUGCGCUCAUACCAAUAUUUAUUCUGCUCUCCUACUGCUUUGCCAAGAUGGGGCGACGCUGGCUGGCUUUCAUACUUUUUGUGAUCUGCGCCUUGUGCUUUCAGUCGUUCCUGACGUACGGGGAGCAGGUGCUGCAUGAAGGAACGCCGGUGUGGCUUUGCGUUCUGGAGGUCACAUCACAGUGGGUGACAUACUUCCUGACCGUGAAAGCGUCUUGGAUUGCUGAUGCCGUGCUUAGCAGGUGCAUCCUCGGUGGCUGA